AUGGUCGCUCCAAGGAAUAAUGCAUAUGCAGAGGAGAGCGCAGAAGUCGAGGUGCUGUACGCCAACCUCGAGAAGCUCAAGCUCCUCACCAAGAAGAUUCAGGGCUCCCUGGUCCGGCUCGAGACCGGGGGUAAUGUCGUAAAGCAUGCGAUAGGUCCUAUCUACAGCAACACACAAUCUCUCCAGAUAACCAACAGCAACAUCGACAAGGUCAAUGAAGCCAUCGAGCGCCUUCGCCAGCCACUCGAUGCGAAGAAUCGUGAGGAGGGUAUCAUCCGCGCUGGACCACAGAGUGUGGAAUUGUCUCAAUAUCUGGCGGCCAUGAAACGUGUGGACAAGGCUCUGGUCGAUCUGAGUUCAACAAACCUCAAAUCUAACCAGAAAGCAAUUUCCGAAUUCAACUCCCUCAUUAGUACAGGGAAUGCGAAGCUUCAGGACAUGCUUCGUGGAAUCUUGAAUCAGUAUGCUAGUCCGAUUGAGCCAUUACAUUAUUUAACGAAAGACCUCCCGUUCCCAUCAAUCCCCCAAGAGACGAUCUCGGAGUUAACGUCGAUAUGCACGGCAAUUGACUCAGCAGCAAGCCACGGACCACAGCGCGGUGAUGGAGGCAAUCCGGCUCUCAAAAUAUACGCCGAUGUGCGUGGAGCUUACCUGACGUCAAGCCUACAGAAUCUUGCCAUAGCCUCGCUGAAUACUGUCAAACGAAGAGCUGCGGACGGCCCCUACAAGCAGGGCACUAACGGCAUAGGGAUAUACUCCAACGCGCUUGAAAACUUCAUAUCUACCGAAUACGAGAUUAUUGCGCAGAUCUUCACAGGCGACCAGCGAGGGCUGGCUCUGCAAACGACGUUCCGAUCUGCGCUGGCCGAAUACUCAAAAACCUUGCGUGAGCUCAACGAGUAUAUCAAGGCCAAUCUGAUGACGGACUGCUUCUUAGCGUUCGAGAUCAUCGAAAUCGUCACGGCGAUGUCUUACCGCGUUGACUCGAGGACGGGCGAGCUAAAGAGCUUGUUCAUAGAAGCUCUUCGGCCAGUACGUGAGACGGCAAAGUCAUCUCUCUCAGAGCUGCUCGAGGAAACGAAACGGAAAGCAGCGAGUAUCCCCGUUCUUCCUCCUGACGGCGGAUCGGUCCCUCUUGUGAACGAAGUCAUGAGCUCGCUCACUACACUGACUGGUUAUUCCGGACCGUUAGCAUCAAUCUUAACUUCCUUAGGAGACGGCAACUGGCGCUCCACAGCCAGUGCGUCAGGGACCGCUCCUUUAGAUGUCAGUCCAGACAGCUCGGCCUUGUUAUCACACUUUAUCCUGGAUAUGAUCGAAUCUCUGAUGAGUUCUCUCGAGGCUCGAGGCCGAGCUCUUCAUCGUUCAAAAGCCGUGCAAGGCGUCUUCCUGUCCAAUGUCUUCUGCAUUGUCGAUCGCGCUAUUAGACAAAGCCCUGAGUUGGCACGCCAUUUAGGCACACCAGACAGUAUCGCGCGUAUAGAUACCUUUCGCAAGCGGGCCACGUCAACUUAUCUUGAUGCGUGGAAAGAAACAUCGCAGUAUCUCCUGGAUGUGCAGUAUACAUCGCGUGCCGGAGCCCGACCAGCUUCCGGUGGCGUUGUCGACUCCAGUGCGAUAGUCAAGUCACUCUCAUCCAAGGACAAGGAUGCCAUUAAGGAUAAGUUCAAGGCAUUCAACGCAAGCUUCGAUGAACUAGUCAACCGCCACAAGGCUCUGUACAUGGAACGAGAAGUGCGCGGAGUAUUGGCGCGUGAGGUACAGGCCGUUUUAGAACCGCUAUAUGCGCGCUUCUGGGACCGCUACCACGAAAUUGAUAAAGGCAGGGGCAAGUACGUCAAAUAUGACAAAGGAAGUCUCUCUGCGCAGUUGGCUGCAUUGGCAUAG